GUCGAGCAGCAGCAGCACCAGCAGCAGCACGCGGAAACAGUCGAAAGAGCGCGAUAAUCGAAAGAACCUGAGUUGAGUUUUAAGACGGUUGCACAGGAAUACACGAAUUGUCUGAGGUGUGUUUUUUCUGUCGCAAAAUACUCGUAAAUCAGAGCAAACAGCAAUUGAGAUUGUGAAUGGGCCGGGCCAGCAGCAUUUGAAAAUCGCUGUGUCUCAGUGUGGCAAUUUCUGUGCCUUAGUUUGUUGGCUAAUUGUGCAAGUAAGAGAUACAGAUACAGAGGUACUUGUACGGCCGCAGCAACCACGCUUCAUAUUUCGCAUGCGCGACGUUCGUUUCGUCUAGUUUUUGUGUAUAUCUGUGUGAGUGGCCGCGUAUCUGUGUGUGCGCGUUAGGUGUGUCUGUGUAUGUGCGCUCAAUCUUUGCUCAAUCGCAAUCUUUGGGCAUUGCCAAAACAGGUUAACUUAAAGCAAACGUGUUCUUUACUCUCUUGUUGACUUUGUCCGCGCAAAGUCAAAAUUUAGUCAGCAACAAAAAAAGUUCAAAAUAAAUUAAAAUCAAAAAAAAAAAAAUAAACCUAUACAACAAUUCCUGUGUUUCCCCGUUGAUCUGCUGAAGUGAACAGUGACCUGCACAACCUGCAACGAGACCAGGAACCUUAAGAACCCCAGCAACACAGACUGCUUCGACAUGGAUGCAGCCGCCGAUGGACUGCCGCCAGCGGCGCCAGCAGCAGCAGCAACAACGGCCAACAGCGAUCUGGACUUGGCGGCCCGUCGCCGGCUCUUCAUCUCACAGCCCUCGACACUGGCGACACGACGCCAGCAGGCGGUUUGUGUGAGGCGGGCCCACAAAAUGUACGGCAGCACCAAGAACCCCAAUGUCGUGCUCGACGGCCUGAACAUGACAGUGCCCAAGGGGUCCAUCUAUGGUCUUUUGGGCGCGUCUGGAUGCGGCAAGACGACUCUGCUCAGCUGCAUCGUUGGCCGGCGUCGUCUCAAUUCGGGAGAGAUUUGGGUGCUCGGCGGACGGCCGGGAUCCCGUGGUUCCGGUGUGCCAGGACCCCGAAUUGGCUAUAUGCCACAGGAGAUAGCCCUUUACGGCGAGUUCACAAUGCGUGAGACCUUAAUAUACUUUGGCAUUAUCUCGGCCAUGCCACGCAGCGACAUCGAGGAUCGCACCGAAUUCCUACUCAAAUUGCUCAAUUUGCCAAAUGGCUCGAAAUUUGUCAAGAAUUUGAGUGGCGGCCAGCAGCGACGCGUGAGUCUGGCCGUGGCCCUACUCCACGAACCGGAACUGCUCAUUCUCGACGAGCCCACAGUGGGCGUGGAUCCGGUGCUGCGACAGAGCAUCUGGGAUCAUUUGGUGGACAUUACAAGAAAUGGUCACACAACUGUGAUAAUCACCACGCAUUACAUAGAUGAGUGUGCCCAGGCGCAUAUGAUUGGAUUGCUACGCGGUGGCAAGAUGUUAGCCGAGGAGUCGCCGGACUAUCUGAGGCAGCAGUACAAUGCGGACUCACUGGAAGCUGUAUUCCUUAAGCUCUCGGUGAUGCAGAAUAUGGGCAAGCGUCGUCGCUCGUCCAUUGCCCAGGAGAUAGUCGAACAGGUGACGGUCCCAGCCAUCUCCAAUCCUGCCCUGGACAUGUCCGAUGAGCAGCAUGCCGCUGAGAUUUCCGGCGAGUUCGGCGACAACAUAUCGAUGUCCUCUGCUGCCCGGGACCCCAUCACCAGCACAGCCCCAGUUGCUCCGCCCUUGCCGCCUGCACAGGAGAUACCCGCCUCCUUCUGGUACAACCUGCAUGUGAUGCAAUCGCAUCAUCUGCACGCGCUCAUUUGGAAGAACUUCCUCUGGAUGAUGCGGAAUGUGGGGGUAAUGCUGUUCAUUGUGGGCCUGCCUGUGGUUCAGAUACUGCUGUUCUGCUAUGCCAUCGGCCAUGAUCCUACCGGGCUCAAAGUGGCCGUGGCGAAUCACGAGAUGUCUGAGGAAAUGAUUAUGCAACAAUUCUGUCCAGUGAACUCCGGAUGCAAUCAGACAAUGCUGAGCUGCCGCUAUAUCGAUAUGCUGGUCAAGAACAAGAGCAUGGUUGUGAAAUAUGUGGACGACGACGAGGCCGCCUACGAAGAGGUGAAGCGCGGCAAGGCCUGGGCCGCUUUGGUAAUCCAACCCAACUACACCUCGGCCCUAAUGGAGCGUGUAGAGGAUGGCCGAUAUGCAGAGGAUGCCACCAUCGAGGCCUCCGAUCUGGGGGUGCGCAUGGACUGGUCCAAUCAACAAAUCUCUACACUGCUAUACCGGGACCUACAGUACACAUUCUUUGACUUUGUGGAGAGCAUGCUGACCGAAUGCGAGGUGAAUCCCAAGCUGGGGCGCGUGCCCGUCUCAACUGAGCAGCCCAUCUAUGGCUAUCGGAAUCCCAACUUUACGGACUUCGCCGCGCCCGGCGUGAUACUGACCAUUAUUUUCUUUCUGUCCGUGGCCAUAACAUCGGGUGCUAUGCUGAUUGAACGCAACGAGGGAAUGCUGGAGCGGUGCCUGGUGGCGGGCAUCACGGGCCCCGAAAUCCUGCUCUCACAGGUGGUCACACAGUUCACGGUUAUGCUCAGUCAGACGAUCUUCGUUCUUAUCGUCAGCUUCUACUUCUUUGAGCUAACUUUGGUGGGCGAUAUCUGGCUGGUGGUGGCUCUUUGCAUCCUCAACGGCCUGUGCGGCAUGAGCUUUGGGUUUGUCAUCUCGUGCGCCGUCGACACGGAGAGGACGGCCACUUAUGUGGCCAUGGGCUCGUUUCUGCCCAUCGUGAUGCUGUGCGGCAUCAUUUGGCCCAUCGAGGGCAUGUUCCCGUUGCUGCAGUUCGCCACCGCCUUCCUGCCGCUGACCAAACCCACGGAAUCGAUGCGUUCCAUCCUGCAACGCGGCUGGGGCAUCGACAAUCCCACUGUCUACAAUGGCUUCAUUUCGAUUUCGUCAUGGGUGCUGGUGUUCCUUGUGCUCACCAUCCUUUUGCUCAAAUUCAAGAAAGGAUAAGUUUUAGAGCUGUAGAUUGAGCAUACUUCUUAUGAUUUUACUAGGUUGUAAGGGUAGUCCGUACACUCUAUGUCUUACUGUAUGUCUCUUGUACAAUGUUUAAAUCUAAGAUAGGUUCCGGAAUUCAACUAUGUCACUUACUAUGCAUGGAAAUUGUUGUGCCUUGUAGGUUUAAGUCCUCAUGUCCUCACAUCAUUCACCUCCUUUCAGUACAAUGAGAACUGUAAUUACAUCUGAAAACAUUUUAUUUAUGCCCUUAAGCUUGUGAACAAAAAAUUUGAAUAAAAUUUAUAGAUGAACGCUUACAAAA